AUGAGGAUGUCGACGACUGGGUGGACGAAAAAGUACGUCUACGCCGUUAUCCCAUACUUCCUGACUCUGAGAGGAGUCAUUGGACUGACCAAUACGCCCAGGGAAUGUUUGCAAGUAUCGAUAAUGCUCAGUGUCAACCGUGCGGCAGACUUUGCGGGUACUGCAUCUACAGCACUCGAUUCAGAGGGGAACACUCUGUCUUCGGACGAGAUUUUAGAGCUUUCAAUCAGUAAGGACAGUUUCAGUCAUCUCACACGGCGCUACCGCUUUUCUCAAGUACUGGAUACCUGGAGGUACCGUUCGACGUCAGGGACCGCGAAUAGACAAACCGAGUACGAUGAGAACGGAGAGGUUCAAUCUGUCGUAUUCAUUCUAUCUGUCCGACUCUCUGGGAGCUUCGCCUCGAUAAUCGCCAUACACCAUGACUUCGCAACAAGCUGUACCGUGGCACUGGGGCUCCGCGUCAGCCCCUACGACCAAGGCCUCCUGCAGCAGGGUAAUGAGCGGCACAAAGAACUCUUGGGCCACGCACUACUUGUUCCCACGAUACUGGUUGAGAUCAGCCUCUCGACAAACAUGCUGUUCAUGCAAAAGGUUCGUCAGGAAUUAAGCGCUGUCGAGAAGGCAACAGGCCAACAUGGGUGGCUCGAGGUUCCGGCAACAGAUGCACCGGCGCAUGACAGUGAGUUGUCCAGACUGGGGCAUACGGUCAAGCUGCAUAUCUCGUUGAGUUAUCGAAGGAUCGACUCGAUUGGAGUCUAUCUUGACCUCAUCAAGCAGACCCUUGGUGACGUGUGUAUUGGACGGUCUAUCCUUCAGACAUUUGUGGUCACACAUAGCCCAAGAGACCAGUACGUACAGUGGAUUGCGAACCUCGAGACGGCGCUCAAGUUCCGACUGGUCGAUACGAAGUAUAACGAGAGGCGGGCAGAUAACCAGAUCACCGCUGUCAGGGUCCCCAUAUUCACAAGGAUAUACAGCCUUCUAUCUCAACGCGACAACAUGAUCGGUGUCUCCGUAGCCAUGGAAUCGAAGAAGAUCUCCGAAGCGUCGAAGCGCGACGGGUCAGCGCUAAAAUCACUCACCGUUCUGACAGCGAUCUUCUUUCCAGCGACUUACAUUGCCACUCUCUUCUCCCUUCCAACCUUCGACCACACCCCUUUUUGGAUUUACUGGGUCGUGGUGGUUCCAUUAACCCUCGUUAUAUUUGGCUCCUGGUCUAGCUGGACUCUAUAUCGACAGCGUCGUAUUUCGCAGGAGACGGCCCAACGCGAUAUCCAUGAUGAUAUUGAGUGGGAUCCAGAGCGUGCAUAUGGUCGUUUAACAGGGUCCCGCCAGGCGGAAAUCACAUCUGGGACUGUUGCCAUGUCGGCCCUAGGCCCUUCUUCAAGACACACUAAGUUGCAUACUAAGAACACCUGA